ACAGUCCAAAAACAUCAAAGAAAAAUGGUUCUCCAAUCUGAGGUCUAUCCCGGUUACCCUUUCCCACAGCAGGGCUAUUCUGUGCAACCGCAGGGGUACUACUCCACCAAUGACUACUACAGCACCCCUCUUCUGGGCAUGCCGGUGAUGACCAACCCAAGUGCCCCCACCCCUAAGUACCCCAGCCACCAAAUGGUAGCUGGUGGAGGCUAUGCUCAGCAGCAUCAUGACUGGUAUGGCGAAAAAAGGCCCCAAAAUGGCAUGCACGACACAACUGACUUCUACUACAGCCAUGGCUCACAGGGCCAGAUGUUGCCUUAUAACAGCAACGACGGUUAUGAUUCCUCCGGUGGCAAACACAGCAACACCACGGGGAUCACUGGGUACACGGCAAACUAUGCACAACAUGUUCCCAUGGGAACGUACCCAAACUAUGCGCAGCAUGUUCCCAUGGGAAUAGAGGCAAUGAAAUAUGAGUACUCAAGUUGGGGUAACGAGCGUGAACGCUUCCCAUUUUACCAUCAGAAUUCCUACAGCCAGCAAAAUGGCUACCCCAAGGCAGAGUGGAACCUUAAAGGGGUGGAUGACUAAAGAGACAUCCCCAUGAGACUGAUGCAUAAUAUAGGAAGUAUGCUUAAUGUAAGAGGUUUGGCAUUAGCUAAAGUACCAUCCUAAGUAAUGUUUUUUUCUUUUUUUUGGAUCAAAUCCUAAGUAAUGGUCAAGAUGUAUACUAUCUACUGAAUGUUCAAGAUAUGUACCAUAUGGCCUAUUAGAUUUUAACUAUAAAUCAGUACUCAAGAACUGGAUGCGUUGUCUGGGAGACCACUAAUUACAUAUAAGGAUUGUCAUCAUCCAAAAGAGGUCACUCUUAGUGACAUAUGCAGAUGCUUAUACAAACCCACUAAAAGGAAAGUAUGAA